GAUUCGCUCUUGGCCAUGGUCAAGAAGGCUCAUUGGGAUCUUCCGGCGCGGUUUGCCUUUGUCUAUUUUGCAGACGAGUGUUUGUUAAAACUAUUUAGUAAAAUACUGGGCUAUGCUUUGAUUGUGCUAGUGGCGACAAUACAAUGGCCCCAAAUAUUACGUGUUUUAAGUAAGAGGAGUGGGGAGGGUAUUAGUACAUUAAGUGUUAUAUUGAUGUUACAAGCAUCAUCUACCAGUGUAGCCUAUAAUCUACAAAAACAUUUUCCACUCAGUACAUGGGGUGAAAGUAUAUUGUUAAUGGCCCAGUAUUUGAUAUUAAGUUGUUUGUUAUUGUUGUAUAAUAAACGACCAACAUUUAUGCUGGGUUUUCUGUUUUUAUAUGUUCCUUUUAUGUUGAUUUUAUUACUACCAUUGGUACCACCACAAGGUAUUAUCUUUAUGAAAGCCUUAAAUCUACCAAUAGUUACUGUCAGUAAGAUUGUUCAAAUAUACACCAAUUACAAACACAAGGGUGCCGGUGAAGUUUCCAUAACAACUACAUUAUUAGUCAAUUUGAGAGCGUUUGGGCGACUCACAACUACUGCUAUUGAAACCAAGGAUUUGUUACUUGUGUUAAAUUACAGCCAGAACUGUUUUUGGAACACAAUAUUAUCAUGCCAAACUGUGUAUUACAAACGUAGAAGAAAAUUAAAAAAUAAAUAAUAUA